ACGUGAUCGAAAUUAGUGAAGGCGUUUUUCUUAUGUGCUCCUACUUUUUCAUCAAUUUAUACGUUUUCUACAUUCAUCUACCGGUAUUCGACAGGAUAUUUAAUCGUCGGAAUACUCAAGGAACACUAUGAUAGCAUCGUGGAUUAAAUCCAACAUUAUGGUGAGGAAUAUAAACAAUUUGAAAUAUUGGUAGGACUUCUUUUUCACAUUCUAGUGACGCCAUAUUGUUUUUACAUCACGCAUCACUCACACUCAAGGCCACGCCAGUUGUUGUUGUUGUUGUUGUCCAGUGUGGCUGGAUAUAUGCGUCGCUGAAAUCGUAUCGCCUUUCAUGUCACUAUAAGCCACGCAAGCAUGCCACGACAUUCGAUCCAUGUUGAUCCCGAUAUAGAAAUAGAGGAUAGUGACAAUGAAACAUCUUCCGCUUCAGACGGUUCCGAGGAUACUGGUACGCCUUACGCAACACAAACGGAAGCCGGCAUUUUACAACAUUUACGGGACGAUUUCGGGUCUUUAACCAAGCCCUUGUUCAUAGCAAAACUUAAGGACGUCCAAAGUUCUGAUGAUUUACUCUCGAUUCGUGAAGCAUUAUACGACUAUGCACGGAUAAACAAACGCAACACCAUGCCGCCUGGCGUUUUAGUGCGUAGACUAUCACGGAGUAACAAAGGUGAUGUCUCUGAUAAACUAGCAUUAGAUAUUUAUACGCUAUUCAUGUUCAUCGAAGGUGCUGCCAACAUAUCUGAUGUGAAAAGUAUGAUCAACUCGAAAUCCUCACGAAAACCAAUUACAAAAAAAGCUUCAUUUCUCAAUAUUAACGAUACGACUUCAUCUGACACUGCCCUCACCGUCCUCACGCACAUAAUGGAUUUAAAAACCUUAGUAACAAAUGAGUUGAUCGAAAUAAAAUCGGAUAUGGCCAAGAUUAACAAAACAAAAGCUGAUGCUAUCAAGAAUGAUCUUGAUAUUACCCGAAAUGAACUGAACCGUACCAAAGAUUCAGCACAGCAGCUCAAAUCAGAGCUCAGGUUGGCAAACAAAACUAUUAAAGAUCAAAGCAUCGAAAUAGAAAACCUUAACAAAACAGUCUCAGAUAUGAAGAAAUCUCUAAUCAAGAGUAUGAAUUCCAUUCAAGAUAAACUCCAUAACGUGGAAAAACGUUCGUUAACCUCUUGCUCGCAACACUGUGCCACCAAUUCAUCCACAGCAAUACGAUCACGUCCACAUAGUGAACCUUCACGCACUGAUGUAGUUGUUACCAAACAUGCCUCAGUCUGGGAUAUACCUUCAACUUACACUGGCACUAGUGUUCAACCGCAACACUCCUAUGCACAUAAAGCAGGAGAUAACACACUGAUCUCUACAUGCUCGUCUUCUUCAUCUACUACUUCAAUUACUCAUACCUCAGCUGCUUCUGGUAAUCUUAGCGCUACGUCAGCUAUGCCGGAGCAUGUCACCCCGUCUGUCAUUCCAACCACAGUUCCUGCCCCAUCACUCGCAGCUGUAAGCGCUAAUGCCACUUCUACAGACCGUGAGCAGACAACGUCACUCUGCAGCUACAGUAACCUACGCGCCAACAAUGACGACUCUACAUCUUCAAACAAUGCUGGUAUCUCCUGUACUACACUUGCCCCGCCAUCCACAUCUAGUGCUAGAAAGCCAUUUCCGACUAAUUUACCCUGGCCACAUAAACAAGUAUCAGAACGAGCACGAAACAAAGCCAGUUCUGUUUCAAAUGUUAGUGCGCGCGUAAGUCAAACUGAUCUCUCAUCUGCUAAACCCAAAUCUAAUAAUACAGAUUUCAAAGGCUCUUCUAUUAAGAGUGUCAUUAAUACUACUUCGAAGACAUCAUCAGCUGAUAAUCUUAAUGCAAAUUAUGAGGCUCGUUAUUUUAAUGAGGUGGCGUCAGUUGAUGAUGACUUUCAAGGUGUUAUCUCUCACAGACGUAAUACUAAACGUUUGGCUCUAGCAUAUGUGAAAUCCGUUCCUUACGACCAACUUCGUUCUUCUCUUACACGUUAUGCUGAAUCCCGCGGUGUAACUGUUACAUGGCUCAGAGUAAUGGCUCGUAAACAAGCUGGAUCAGAAAACGAAUGGCUACUUGUCCGAGUAAAUGUCAUCGCUUCGGAUUUCAAGAAAGCCUUGCAACACGACUUUUGGCCAAGAAAUGUCGUUUGUAGAGAAUGGGUUUCAAAACCAAUGCAUGAUAAAUCCAAACUUAGUCCUCAUCACGAUGACUGGCAUACCAACGCGCACGAAGGCGAUUAUAGCAACAAUGCAUAUCAUGAUGACAAUUCAUAUUAUGGCCCAUAUCUCGACAGAUACGACGACACAGGAUUUUAAACCUAAAAUGUCAAUGUACAGUGUAUUACUCUUAUUAACAUGUACUGUUUUCCUUAUCCAUGCAUUACUUACUGCUCGCAUAAUUUUACCUUAUUUUAUGAAUAGCCAUUUAAAAAUUGCAAACUGGAAUUGCAGAGGUGUCAUGUCUAGUAGCCCAUAUCUCAUGAAUUUAUUGAAAUCAAACGAUAUCAUCACUUUAACCGAACAUUGGCUAUGCCCUGAUAACAUCUCAUUUCUAGAUUCAUUAGAUCUCAAUUUCACGGCAAUUGGCAUAUGCGACGAAAGUUUGUCAAUCAGAGUAAAUGAGCGCAACUGUCGCGGUUACGGCGGAGUUGCUAUUUUAUACAGGAAUUCUAUGCUUGUCAAAAAGAAAAUCAUACACGGUGACAGGAUAUGUGGCAUUGAACUUAUUCAUUCUGAGGGAUAUAGUAUUUUUAUCUUUGCAGUAUAUUUACCGGCAGCUAAUCACGACAUUGCUGUUUUUAAACAAUGGAUUGACACUCUGUAUGAAUUAUACGCCACCUAUGCUGACUCUGGGUUAGUCAUUUUCUCUGGUGAUUUCAAUGGUCACUUAAGUUCCGCUAGUGGACCUCGAUGUGAUGUCUCGAAUGACAGAGGUAAUAUCCUCGAGAAUUGGGCUUUUGACUGCAACUUGGUAUCUGUCAACUCUCGUGAUAUUACUUCUGGACCUCGAUUCACUUACGCCAGUCAUUGCGGGAAACAUAAAACAGGUAUAGAUCACAUUUUUAUACCAAAUUGUAAACUUGACUUAGUCAACGAGUGUGCCGUCUUAGACGAUCAUUUCUUGAAUGUGUCUGAUCAUCUUCCCAUUGUUCUGGUUGUCAACAUCACGUUACCCUAUAUUAAGCUUGAUUCAUGUACUUCGCGCAAUGUUACCAGAUGGCGUAAAGCCAAUUCCGAGCAACUCGACUUAUAUUCCAACAUGGUUACUGAUCAUAUUUCACAUUAUGAAAAUGUACCAUUAGAUUCCAUAGAGCAAAUUGAUAGUGCCGUCUCUAAUCUAAGCAGUGUUUUAACACAGUGCAGCAACAAAGUUAUUCCCAAGUCAAAAUUUCGUAAAUUCCU